UGGUCAAAAAUGGCGGCCUUCAAUGUUGACAGUGUACGGGAGUCUGAAAACAAGGUCUACCCCGGCAGUCCACAGCUAGCUAGAAAGGCAAUCAAUGAAAUAGACACCUCUGAACAGACGGGGGUUCCACUAAAUACUCCAUGGACAUUUUGGCUCGACAAGACAGUUCGAGGAACAUCAGCUGCUCAAUAUGAAGCAUCCUUGAAGAAACUGUACACAGUCAAUACUGUACAGGGUUUCUGGAGUGUGUACAACAACAUCCCAGACCCAAGUGAGCUGAGUUCACGCUACAGCUACCAUCUCAUGCGCUUUGUGACGCGACCAGUCUGGGAAGAUGAGUACAACAGCAAGGGAGGUCACUGGAGGUUGAAAUGUCAUAAACACGACACACCGACGGUUUGGAAGGAGCUGUUGUUGGCAGCCAUAGGAGAACAGCUGUCCGAGUUCAUGGCUGAAGAUGACGAGAUAGGUGGCGUGAGUGUUAGCAUCCGUGAUCGUGACGACAUCAUCCAGAUCUGGAACACAAAGUCUCAGCAUGCAGAAGCAGCUACUGUCAUCACCAAAGUUAGACAACUCUUGCCUAAAGUUACAUUCACAACAAUAUUUUACAAAGCCUUCCAAUCACAUGAAGCCUUUGAAAGUGAAAAGGCAUUCAAGGUCAAGCGAUGACAGCGACAUCCUCUAGGAACUCUUAACAAAGAUCCAUUCUGAUUGGACACUGAGCAAAUACCCCACCUGAGCUCAUGCUGAUUGGUUGAACAAAACAGAGGAGGAGCUUGUGUCUGAUUGACAGCCUUAUACUACGUGUCUUGCUCUUCCAGUGUCAGUAGUCAAGAGAGUGUCUGCCAGACACUGAAGCCUGUAGUCAGUGAGCAGUGUAUAUCCCUUGCAUUUACUGAACAUGGUUAGGAUGAUGUGCGACUUUUCAUGGCAGUUUUAUCAUUGAUUUGUUUGUAUUACAUCGGGAGAAUUGUAUUUAUAUUUAUUAAGUAUUUUUACACAUUUUUGUGCAUGUUAGUGCUUUGGUUUAUAUCAGGUGAAAUUUUGUUACAGCCUGUUGAAUGUGACAGGAUAUUUGUUUGACUUCAGGACAAACUCGUAAUGUUAUUAGCGGCUAUGGACUGUGUUUCCAUGUGUAACCAUGGUAACUGUCUCCCUUUUUGUAGUAAUUAAAUAGACCAAUAUCGUUUCCAAAGUUUGAUUAGGCCACAGGUUUUUCUUUAUCUUUUUGGGUGUAUUUAGGAAUUUGGGGGCUAAAUAAUUAAGUUAAAUAUUUCAACCCCCUCCAAAGUUGUAAACAGUCCAAUUUCAGUUGUUAAGGUUGUUUUUCAUAUUUAGUCCAUAUCUAAAGAAUGUAGGAGUAGGGUCUGGAUUUUAAAGAUGAAUUUUGGACAGGUUUAUUUUAGUGUAUAGAAAGUCAUCUUGAAUGAGUGUUUUUUAAAUAAUAAAAACUUAUGUCACCAGAUGUUUUUUUCUCACUUUUCAACUUCGUGGGAAUAUGCAGAUUGGUAUGCUAAGUUUUAAAACAUCCUGGCCCAAUAAACAAGACUGAUAAGUUAAGGAGUGCAUGGUGGUUAGAAGUAUUACUUGAUUAAAUAAUUGAACAUGUAAAAUGUCAAUUAUGGAUGUGAGGUUCAAACAAAUAUCUGUUUGUCUUUAAUUUGUUAAACAAAAACUAGAGGUAGUCAUCAAACACUUGCUCCCAUUGCUGCAUUAUUUCAGAAUGCAGGUGACACUGUCAUGUUAAUUAUGGUCUACUUGGCUUAAGAAAUGAUCUUUAUGGUGAUAUCAGAUGUGUUGGAAGUCCUUAAUGCCUUUUACACAAUUAUAUGAUUUCCCUUUUUAUGUGCUUUGCUUUGACUUUAAUGUUUUUCUGACUGUUCUUUAAAUCAAAAUAUGAAAAUUGCUUUACGACUACUGUAUCCUCUAUAUCUCCAGGGCAACCAUUUCAGUACAGCUUCCUCAAUCCCUGCAUCCAUUUUGUGGUUCUCAAGAUUUAUAAUUACCUGCCCUUGAUUUUCAUAAGCCAGCUUGAUUGGCCGGGCUGCUUGAUCUAACAGUCUAAUCUGAAUGUGAACUAGCAUUAAUGUUGGGUUGGCGAAGUGAACAACAUGGCAGCUAUUAAUUAGAGUUUGUGGGAAAUUCACCAUUGAAAAACUGACAGACAACAAAAGAAACCAAAAAUGUUUUUCAUGGAAAGAAUGUCUUCAUGUCUAUUAAAACUGGAGCUAGUAAGUCCUCCCUUGACAUUUUCCGUUUCUUUAUCUUAAUGUUUGAUUGGUUGAUAAAAUGGACAGGUAAUUUGAACUUCUGGAAUGGAUCCGGGGUUAAAAGCUUGCCUAGGAGAUGUAGAGAAUAAGUAUAUUAAGAUAGUUGGAAAAGUACAAUGAUUUCAUGAAACCAUUUGCUAUACUUAAGAAACAACAUGGUUCUUGAGCUGCUUGGUUCUGGGGUUGAGUGUUUUAUUCAUUCAUUUAUUUUUUUCAAAAAAAUAAUAGUGGUGCUAACAUUUAUUGAUAAAUGAAUGCAAGAUUGUAUGUUCAAAUAAUCUUCUACACAUUUAGCUAUUUAUGAGACAUUUUAAGAAAUUAUUUUCUGAAUA